AUGGCAACGCCAACCCAGACAUUCAAUCUCGGGACAUCUUCAGAGCCCGUCCACGUCUCCAAGGCCGCUCUGGCCAUCAUCAUCACAUUCAGCGUGGUCAGCCUGGUCGCUCUCGCAAUAGCCCUGUGGAUUUUGUUCCGUUUCACCUGCUCGAGUAAGGGAAGAAGGGCAGGUUACGCGGUCAGAGACGGACGAAACGAGCACUCCUNNCAAUGGUGGAAGCAGGCAAACCCACCGGCCGACUCUACCAAGUCCUCAGAGACGCCCUAUGUGGGCAUCGUACCCGCUCCCGAGCUGGCUCCCGAAGACGGAAACUUGAGAAGUCGAUACAUUGGAGAGAAAAGUGCUUAG